AUGCGCGCUUUCAUAGCUGCCCUAGUGGUAGGCUCCGAUGUUGCCCACAAGGUUGAAACUACUCCAGCAGCAAAACAUCCAGAACUAACACACUCAGAUACAGCCCACCCUCACCCUAAAGCUGCAGCACCUGCAGCACCUGCAGCAGCGCAUGAUCAGGCUGCCGCCUCGGCGCCCAAUGCCCCUACGACUCCAGCAUCAACAACCAUCACAACACCACCAGUCUGUGGCAAUGGAAUUAUCGAGCACGGCGAAGAAUGCGACUGCGGAUCCCCGCAAGAGUGUGCCAAGGACCCAUGCUGUAACGCAAAGACAUGCAAGCUGAAUGCAGGAGCACAGUGCAGGUAA